UCAUUUUGUUAUUAUCGCAAAGUGUACGACAGUAACAACGACAGAGUAGUGUCAGUGGUGUCGGUGGUAGUGACAGUGGCGACGACAGUGGCGGUGACUGUGACGGCGGCGACAGCGACAGUGGUGGUAGAAAUAGCUGUAGCCUGUAGCGGUGGCGGUGGCGGUCGAAUGGCGGUCGCGGUGGCGAUCGCGAUAGCGACUAUAGUGACGGUAGUAACGAUAAUAUCAAAGACAGUGACGAUAGAAACAACGGCAGUGAUAUGCAUCAGCUGAGAGGAUAUAUCGUAUUAAAAUAACACGAAAGAUGGAAAAAUAUGCGAACGAGAUCAAUAAAAGAUAGAAAGAGAAAAAAAAUGAAUUGUGAUUAACCGUCACUUGGGUGUUUAUGAAGAAAACUGGUAAAUAAAUAAAGUGUAAUAAACGGAGAAUUAUAAUAAAAAAAGGGGUCUCAAUUUAUAGGUUGGUUAACACAGUGGUGAUACAUCAUUAUAAAUAUAUAUAUGUAUAUAUAUAUAUAUCAGUAUAAUUCAGUUGUUCAAGCAGAAACGAAAUUAUCAUGUGCAUGGAAGCGACUUUGCGAUGGACAAUAGAUUGCGGAUAAUAGAUAGUUGAGAAUCCGUUGUGUCGAAUAUAAUAUUACAUCAAAGGGUAACAGACUUCGAAAACAUAGAAACAGGUUAAGUUUAUACCCAUCUCGCGUGCCAAAAAAGAAGCAAUGAGAAUACUUCAUAUCUUUGCUUACUAGCGUUGUUUUUCCGCUUGUAUACGUGAGUUAAAUGAACAAUAACGUUGAAUUAAGUGAUUACAAAGUGAGUGAAUGUGGGUUUCAAUGCGUUGGUAGGUGUUGAGAUACACCUAUAUUAUAAAUCAUAUAAAAUAGUGUGGUAUGUCAGAAGUACUCUCAGAUAUUUCGUACAACGACCGAACCUGCUAUAUUCUUGAAUCUUAGCACACGCGAUACGAAUAAUGGAGACGCUAUUACCCGGUAAUACGAACAAUCAAUCCUACAGUCCACAACUUAAGACAGUCUUAAAGACAUAUCAGCUAUCCGCUGUAAAAAGCUUACAGGGUCCGAGUUCGGCCCUGCUUGGUAUGGACUGCAAGAGUUUAUUGCAAGAACAGACAUCUUGUUACUCCCCUUCAACACGUUCGAAUAAUUGUGUCCUUGAUUCAGCAUCAGAACAAGCAUCGGUGAAAGAUAUCGAAAAGAAUAAUAAUCCAUCGAUAACACCAAUUAUCCCGUGUAAAGUUCGGAGAACUGAUCAACCGCUCGAAGAUUCAGACGAGGACCCUCAACUAGAGCGACCAAAACCCAUUUGUGAAAAAAGAGAAUUGGAAUUUCAAAUACCUAUUUUAACUGCACCCGACCAAAGUUGUUCCGAAAGAUGCGAGACAAUUUUAGAAGGCGAACGAAUAUCUUGUUUUGUUGUAGGAGGUGAAAGGAGGUUAUGUUUACCACAGAUCUUGAACACAGUUUUACAAGAGUUUUCGCUACAACAAAUCAAUCAGGUUUGCGACGAAUUGCAAAUAUAUUGUUCACGAUGUACACGAGAUCAGUUAGAGGAACUUAAGCAUUCGGGAAUUUUACCACGUAAUGCUCCUUCCUGUGGCCUUAUCACUCAAACAGAUGCCGAAAGGCUCGUCAGUGCUUUACUUUUACGGACAGAAUCGUGUGAUCCUCCUCAAAUCAGCCAAAAUCAGGAUAAUGAAAAAAAAAUGUUAAGUAAAAAUGAUAGCAACGAGGAAUCUAUCGUCAAAUUUAAAGUGUACCAUGAGUGUUUUGGUAAAUGUAAAGGUAUAUUUGAUGCAAACUUGUUUGAGUCUGAUAAUUCUGUGUGCAUCGAGUGUAUCGAAUGUGGCUGCCAAUUCUCACCACAACGGUUUGUGAGACAUGCUCAUAGAUCUCUUGAAAAUCGUACCUGUCAUUGGGGCUUUGAUUCUGCAAACUGGCGAUCUUAUUUGUUACUUUCAAGAGAUCAAGAACAUUACAACAAGUCCCUUACUUUAUUUCGAGAAUUAAAAGAAAAACAUCAUACAUUGAGUUCUAAAAGAAAAUCAGAGUUGCGGCAUGAUUCAGAAAAAUUAACUAAGCGAAUUAGAAAGGAUCUAGGAAGAGAUGAUUGUCCUGGAAUUUAUAAUGGAAAUGGCUUAGGCAUGUAUCAUCCUGUAUCUCAGGUAGCUAAUGCAACUGAUCCAUAUCUGCAAAUGCAAUGGGCAGUUUUUGAGUUAGCAGCUAGAGGAGCAUCAGCUUUUAGACCUUGGAAUACUACAAAUCCUUGCAAGCAUAAAGAUAGUUCAUCAUUGGUGCCUGCAUACCUUAGUAGAGGUCCACCUAUAUUACAACACCCAGAGCGUGUGGUUCCUCUUUCUGAGUGUAAACGUUUUGAACCACACUUUCAACCAAAUGUAGCCUUAGCACCUAUACCUGCACCAUCAGUGCCUGUAGUACUUCCACCGUCUGCUCAUCAUCAACGACGACACCAUCAUGAACAUAAACGUUAUAAUCAUCAUCUAUCAAGCCCUAACGAGAAAAAAGAAGUUUCGUCAGAUAGUGUGAAACUUGAAAAAACAUCUCCUAGUUCUGGUUCUGGUAUCGGCACUUAUCCUGCAUUCCCUGCGUAUGCGCCUGGAAGCGAUAAGAAAGAAUUGCCUCAGAAAAGUAAACAGGAAAUUGGCGAAGAAGAAGAAAGUAGUGCUGCUGUAACAUCUUCCACGAUAAAUGUAGAACCACCGUCAACUGAAAUUGGAACUUCUUCCUUAGAAAGUGAUUCUGAUUCAGAAGGAACAGCGGCAAUGGAUUUGGAAGAAAGAUUAUUAGCUUUGGAGGUACCACAAGAUGUUCUAGAAUUGGCACGACGUAUAGUUUCAGAGAAUGUACAAUUACGACGUCAUCGACGUUCGGAUGCACGUGAAAUAUCUCGAUUGCGUAAUCAAUUGCAAAUACAGCAAACACAAUCAUCAAAUGGUGAUGAUAAGAAAGAAGAACCGGCAAAUGCAAGUAUAGCAGAUAGUACAGAAGGUAGCGAAGAAACGGAAGCUACAGUACCAUCAAAUAACAAAGAGUCUGAAUCUGUUGUUUUAGCAGUUAGUAAAGAGUAAAAUCAAUGACUAGAAUUUUUUAAUUAUUUAAUACAAAACUGCUCAGCAAUUUUUUGCAACGCUUAUCUUUUGGCUAGAUAAGCGUGCAUUAAAUUUAGUACUAGCUAUAAUAAUGAUAAAUUCUAAAUGAGUAAAAACUGUUUAGGUUAUGUGAUAUAUAGAGAGCCUUUAACGUUGUAACAGUUAAUUUGAAAUUGUAAUUGUAAUCAUAUUUCAUUGUGUCGAUUUUAAUUCAAAUCAAAUGUAGAUAUUGUAAUAUAUGAGAAAGGAAAAUAAGUUAACCAAAAUUUAUCACAUCAUUUAAUGAUUAUACUUAAUGGUCAUUGCAUAAGUUUCUCAUGCAUAUUAAAUAUGCAUAUGUGUGUCACAAAGAUUUUUAUGAUCAUUUGUUUAAUUGUAAAAUUAAACAAAGAUCGGAAAAUAAGAGAUUAAAUUGCUUUUCAUUUACUUUUUUUUAUAGUCAUGAUUGCAUAAUGUAAAUAUGUCAAGUAUCAUAGAUGUAUGAUUAUAUUAAUAAUAUUAUCAUACAAAAUAUUGCUAAAGUACAAAAAACCUUUAGGUGCUAUAUUGUUAUAUUAGAAAUGUUUUAAGCAUAAAUCUAGGUGUAUUUCAACAGUUCGUACUAUCGUAAUGUCAAGAUCUUGAUUAAAUUUUAAUUAUCUUUAUAGUGUUGAAUAAAGGUGAAAUGUUAUAUUUCACUAAUAAACUGAAUUUGAAUGAUUAUUUAUAAAUAAAGUAAGUUAACUAUUUAAACAUUUGGAAAUUGUAAAAUUAUUAUUAUUCAAGUGAUAUUAGUGUAAAUCGUGAAACUUUAACUUAUAUAAACAAUUGAUAAUUUUUUAUAUGUUGAUUAAUUUCUUAAUUAUUUUGUAACAGCAAAAUUAAUUCCGAUUCCUUAAACAUAGAUUUAUCAUAUUAUGAACCAAUUGAACUAAAAAUGAAGUAAACAUUAUUUUAACAAAAAUAUGAAAAAUCGCACUACAUACUACGAUCUUAUUUUUGGUUCUUUAUUCUUACCCCCUGGUAAUAACCAUUUUAUUAACGAUCUUCAUUUUUAAUAAAAGUAUUAAUAUGAGAUGCUAUAGCAACUAUUGAUAUUUAUUUGAAACAUUGUAUUAACAUAUCGUUUUAAUCGCAUUUAAAAUUUGAAAAAAGUUCAGUCUUAUAAGUUGUAUAACUUCAAAUGUGAUUUAUUAAAAAUAUUUUUAUAUAAUUAAAACUUCAUCAGUAUUUAAAGGGGGUUCUAAAACAAAAUUAUAAAUACAAUUCUGACGUUCAUCGAAUACCAUUCUUAAUUUUUGCUCAUUAUUGUUGAAAGAUACAUGCAAUAAUAGAAGAGAAUACAAUUUUUCAAGCAUACUUUUGAAAUUAAUACUGACUUAGAGAUAUACCUAGAUAAGCACUAAACGUUUAAGAAUGAAAAAAAAAACACAUGAAUAUGGAAAUGUCAAGAUAUAAUAAAUAUUAUAAAUAUUUAUGUAAUAUAUAUUUAUAUUUGUAUAUAUCUUUAACAUGCAUUUUUGUAACUUUAUUGAUUUUUCUUGUACAUGUAUUUUCUUUAUUUCCCGAAAUUUUUUUUCAUUGUUUUGCUUGUUUUAGCUAGCGGUAUAUGAAUUUCAAUGCAAAUUUUAAGAAUUUAAUUAUACCAUUAUUAAAUUAUAAUUGUAAAAAAAACACGAUCUUGUUUUUAAAAAGACUAAUUAAAAAUUCCAAAUGUAUAAAACAUUUAAAAAAUGAAAAGUAUAUUAAAAAGGUUGUUUUAUAAGCUUCAAAAGCUUUUUUUUGUAUUGAAUACAUACUAGGAAGUAUAUAAAUCUUACAUCUAUUUGCACACUAUAGCAGAAAAACAGUUAGUAAUUAUACAUUUGUGUAUUUGAAAUAUACAUGUAUACAUAUUUCGAGACUGCUUGGAAGAUCUCUUAUCAUAUACAUUUUUCUAACAUAACAAGAGUGCCAGGAAUUCUUGUAAUCUCAUCGAAGCACAAGGCAUAAGAAAUCUUCAAUUUCAUCAUCUAUAAAAUUUGCUUUUCAAAUGAAAUCAAUCAUCCAUUUUUCAAAGCAAUCUGUUAGCAAGAAAAUUAACGGUGUAUGAAAUAUAUGAUUGAUUACGUAGGAUAAAUACAUUCAUUAUUAUACUUCAUACAACAUUUGGUCAAUAUAUAAUAACAUAUGCGCGUUACAUCAUAUUGUUGUAAUAAUAAUAUUAUAAGCAUCCCACCUAAGGUGAAAAAAAAAAAAUAUAUAAUAAUUUAUGAUUUUCAUACAUACUCGGUUUACUAUAGGUAUGUAGAAUAUAUGAUAAAAUAGUACAUUGUAUGAAUUGCAUACAACUUGAUUUUUGAAUAUAUUUGAGAUCUGCGUAUGUUUAAAAGUUUCGAUAAAUCAUGUAACUGCCAUGACUAAAUAUGUAUUUUAAUUUUUUUUUUUUUGAAUGGGUGAUGUAUUUUAAGUUCAAAUGGGAAAUUACAAAUAAACACAUAAUAUGCGACGCCUGACUUUAUUAAAAACAUUUAUGCACGAUGCACGACGUGUUGAUGUGGAUUUCGUUCGUUCGAAUAAAUAAUUAAUCUGCCAAUCGGUUUUUACUGAUACAAAGGUGAUUUAUAAAAAAGUGAUGUUAUCGAAUGUUUCAUAAAUAUGAUACGUCGUUAAUUGUUAUGAUAUUUAGUUCAUCAAAACUUAAAAAAAAAAAAAAGAAUAUUGUCACGAGCAGUAGUUAGUGUAAUUAUUAUUAUUAUACUGUACGUAUAUAUUUUAAUAUGCGUAAAUAACAAAUGUAUUUAAGAACUCGUUCGAUUUUCAUUUCAAAUGCUAGACUAUAAUUCUGUGCUCAUGUUAGAAACGAGUUAAGAAAUAUGAAAUACUAAUCGAACGAGUAUCAGUUCUUGUUUUCUUGUCUUUUUAUAACGUCCACGAAUCGGGAUUCAAGAAAAUAAACUAUUGAGUGAUAGAUAAAUCGUUCGUUGUGUUAAAUAUUCACAUGCAAUAAAAAAGAACAAGCAUUCGACGCAAAUUACAUCGUAGAGCUAGGAUGAAUUUAAUACAUGAUAAUUGUAAGAUAGUAUAUCUUUAGAAUGUUGCUUUGUGAGUGAACUUAGUACUAAUAACUUAGCAUGUUUACUGGUCUCUCGAUAAAAUAUAUAAGUAGUGUGCACUUAUUCUAACAUAACAUUAGAAUGUUUUGUUUUCAAAUCAUCGCAGAAAAAGUUUGUUAUGUCAUUCUAACAAAUGUUCAACAAAUACUUGUUGGCUAUUUUAAAGGGCUCCUAAUAAUGUAAAAAUAUUUUCUAUUUUACUGGGAGGGAUAUAAUUCGUACACAGUGGCGGGAUUCAAAUUUCCUCACCCACUCUGUCAAUAGUUUAUUUUCUUAAUUGAUGCACUUACUCUUCGAUAGAUAAAAUAAUAGAUUUUAGAAGAUAAAUGUAUUUCAUACGACACAUAAUUAAUAGAUAUUCUUAAGAAACGAAACGUGUCAUUAAAUAUGUAUAAAACAAGUGCAAUAUUAAAGUACAAAACUCGAUCUUUCUUUUGAAUUUUGUAUAUUUUACAAAAAAAAGGGCAAGGAAAAAAGUAUGUGAAUAGAUUUUUUCGACACUUUAAAUUAUUAACUAUAAGAAUUUCGAAAAUGUUUUAUCAUCAAAAUCUUUAACGAGUCUUAAGACCCCCUACAGUCCCUGAUUACGUACUUAUAAUAGCGUUCAAGUUUUUAAUAUUAUACAAUUUUGUAAUCACUUUAAUCAUUACCUUAAAUUUUGUAUGAUCGAAUUUCUGUAUUCGAACGACGAACUCCAUAUCGUUGUGGAUCGCUAUAUAACAAUAGAUAUUAAGUAGCUCCAGUAGUAGUCUGAUUGAUCUUUGGCAUAAUUUUAGAGUAAAUGUACAUAUAACUAUUUUCCAAGAAAAUACUCAUUGUUAAAUGUAUAUGAAGGGAAACUGUUAUAGAUAAGGCUAUUAUCGUCAUUUAUAUUAAUUGAGAUAAUAAACAACGUUUCGAUUAAACGAG